GCUCAUGCGGGACAUCUGCUGUCCGCGCAGAGCAGCACGCAGCUCAAACACGAGACACCCGCCUUCAAACACUGCAAAUGACUGAAAACAAGUUUGUCCACAGAAGAGGAAACCCUGGAAAUGUUAAGUCUUUUUGGAUUCGCUGCAUCUUUUCAGAUGUCUGCAGAAGCAAUAUUGAAGAGCUUUAACUGAGUUUUUGCUGAUCCGUGCCUUACCUUCUGUCAGCAGACUUAUAAGGAGGGAUCUUGGCUCCUGCAGCCAUUUCCCCUGCAGGGCUGAGCUCUUUGGCUGGCUUGCCAGUUCCUUAGCAGAGGGGCUGCUGGCAGGGGCAACAUCUGAGCAGGUCAUGAAGCCUCAAGAGGCAGAGCUUGUCACUGAAAUCUCCAAGUUGCAAUGCAUGGUCUCAGAGCUGAAGACGGGGUUUGCCAGCGCUCUGCUGGAGCUCAGUCAGAUCCAACAUGGAGACACGUACCUGAGGGAGGAGCUGGUGGAGAACCGGAGGAUCUGCCAGAAGAAAGCUCUUCGUUUGGAGGCUCUGGUUGAGUCACUGAGGGAAGAACUUGGAGUGAUGCAGUGUCAGAUCUUGCAGCUGUACAGUAACAGACAAAGACCUCUGCAGGAUGGAAAGAGCUCUACAUCCAAACACAAAGAAAGCAGUGACCCAGCAGAAUCGGCCUGUGAACGGAGUCAGUGUGACUGUUGGUCUGCUCCAGCAGCCUGUCUGUCCAGAGGGAAACUGCUCCUCCACUGUUUCCUGCAGGGCCUCAAAGCUGGGCUCAACGAAGGCACAGAUGCACGGCAUCAGGUGGCGAUGCAACUUCUGCAUUCUGAGUGGGAGUACGUGUCAACCUUAAACCAGCUGUAUGAAAAAUACAAGACACCACCAGCUCACCAGAUGACUGUGGAGCCAUAUCAGACAUAUCUGAAGUUUGUGGAGCAGCUGUUACAGCGACAUCUGCUCUUCCGAAACACGCUGCAGGAGCGGUUAUCUGCUGAGCACUGGAAAUCUCUGGUUGGAGACAUCCUGGUGCAGCUCAUCGGACAAAAUGACACAGCCUUUUCGGAUAUGUACCUUGGAUACACGACCACUCUGGCGUCAUUCCUCUCACUGGAGUUCAACAGAUUAAAUCAUUCUGAGAAAAUACAGAGCGGCCAGAUGGAGAGAGAGGAAAUGAAACUGCUCUCCCAGCUGUUGGCACCUGUCUCUCGCAUACACAGCUACCUGAGCCACAUUCAGAACUUGUUGCAGUGGACGGGUAAAGAGCAUCCUGAUUGCAGCCUCCUGCUGGGAACUGAGCGAGCGCUGAGGAGCAUUUUGUCCCGCUGUCAUGUGAUCCUGGAGGAAGACGUCCGAUGGGAGGAAGGAGAAGGAGCUGGACAAAGCAGCUGCUCUGAUGCAGUUCCUGGUGGAUCCUUUGCAAAUUGUUGCACAAGGAACCAACAGACCAGAGAAUCCCAGCGUGAGUCCAACACUGCAGCUCAGAGAGAUGACCAGCAGGCUGUCAACCUUACUAACGAAGUCGACGGCUGUCACUCGAUGCGUCUGGAGUGCUGGUCCUGCAGCCCAGUGAGGAGGAAGGGCUGUGGAAGUGACCGGACCCUCCUGAACCAGCUGGCCCGUGACUGUGGACACGCUUACUGCUCCCUCCUCCCUCCUGACGCUGCAGCAUGGGGAGAGAACAGCGACUCAGGCCAGGGCACCUACAGCCAGCCCAACGGGAAAGGUAGCAACGGGCUGGAGGCACCCCACACCAACCACAGCCUUGAGAACUGCGAGACAGACCCAGAUGACACCUCAGCCUUUGACUACUCCUCCGUCACCUCCUGCAGCCCUGACGGCACCCUGCGCAGGGAGAUGAUGAGCAGUAAUAGUGGGGAGGAUGAAGAGGAGGACAGCCAGGUGCCGGUGCUGUUGAAGCCCUCAUACAGCCAGCAGCAGCAGCAGUCAAGGGAGCCACCCAGAGAGAGGACUGUGUGUUUGAGGUGGCAGAUUCCCAGAUUGACCCCUCACCCUCCUCUGAGAAGCACUGCAGGGCCGUGUGUGGACGGGCCGACGCCAUGCCUCGUCAGCUCCUACGGGAAGAGGCUGGUCAACGUCAGAAAGGGGUCUCCUCCUUUACAUCCAAAAAGUGCCUUCAGGCCUAUCUGGGAUGAUCCAUCCAAACAGGCUGAUGCAGCUCCAGAGAAAGACCACAGACAAGGCUUCGUACCGAUUCAAGCCCCAGCGAGGCAAAGCUUUCAAAAUUUCAACCCAAGUAGAGAAAAUCUGAGACCAGGCCUGUCUCAGCAGAGAGGUAACCAUGCUGCAGCCAUGAGCGGUGGAGGAUUGUGGGAGGACAGUGAGGACAGUGAGGGACCCUGCAGCACCGUUUGACCCCUCCCCCCCCAGAGACUAUCACUAAAAAAUGUUGAACACAAAACUUUGAAGUUACUACCAAACUUGAGCCCAAUUUGUGAUUUCUUUGGUGGAUAUAUUUUCCCCAAAGGCCAUGACAGUAACGCAUGAAUGUCGAAUUAGUGACCCUUAACAUUUUUUUUGUAUUUCUGUUAAAGCUGAACCUUUGUAAACACAACAUCUGAACCUUUGUAAACACGACAUUCAUCUUUGUUUGGCUUUUCUGGAUUAUAUUUCUGUUAAAGCUGAACCUUUGUAAACACAACAUCUGAACCUUUGUAAACACGACAUUCAUCUUU